CUUGGCAUUAGCUUCAACAAUGACUGCUUGUGCUGGGAAGUGGUGGCCGGACAGGAAAUUUACCAGCUGCUGCUGGUCAACUUUUUCACCAUUAUCCUCUCAUCGCUCAGCUAUCUUGUCUGGAAGGCACUGGACGAAAAGUGGGAGAGGUUUCACAACCUGGUCGGCCCGCCAACCUUCAACCUCGCAAAGAACGUUCUGGAACUGCGCUACACACAAGCAUUGGCAUGGCUGGGCUUUUUCUUCAGUCCUUUCAUCACGACGCUGUGUGUUGUUGGAUUGCUCGUGGUCUUCCAAGUCAAAUCAAAAAUUAUGAUCAGAUGUUGCAAGCCGUCCGAGUUGACCUAUCGUGCCGCUCGCAACAGCUCAUCGUUCAUCAUUCUGCUGCUGUUCACACUGAUCCUGUGUGUUGCUCCCUUGGUUUACACCAUCUACAGCAUUCAGCCGUCGGAAAUGUGCGGUCCGUUCCGUGCGAGAACGUCCAUGAUCAGCACGCUAUCGGAUCUGAUCGACAGCAGCCCCGGCUGGGUGUCCACCGUGUUCAACGUCCUGUUCUCCAUUCCGUUCAUCGUGCCAGCCUUUAUAGUCACGCUCAUCGUAAUCUAUUACUACUACACGAAGGAACAAGCCCAGAAGGAGACCUACCGCCGCCUCAAGGAACAGCACCAAGUGGAAACUAUUGACAAGCAGUACCUGGUUCACAAGAUCCAGGGGCUAAUGACGGUCAUUGCAGAUUACGCUCCGAUCAAUGUGCUCAACGAGAUUCAAGGCACGACAAAGCUGGGCGCCACGCAGGACAAGCGCCGACAGAGGCUGGAGAAGCUGCAGGCGCUGAGCAAAUCCGCUCACCGGAACUCCAUCGGCGGCAGCUCUGUCGAGAAGCUGGCCCGCGACUCCCCCACGCCUUCUGCCCGGGGCAGUCACGACUCGCCUGUGUAAGGAACACUGCCCUGUGCUGCUGUUGAUGGCCAGGGAGGAUACAGGCUACGACUCACACAACUGCUGGUGAUACCCAGGG